AUGGGCAUCUUCUUGAACGAAUCCGACCUACCGUCCGCUGAAUUUCUCCAAUUCUACACGGUGUUUGAGGACAUUGCCCUCGGCGUUACCGUAAUCAUGGUCCCCUUCACAAUUCUCGUCAUGGUUUUCAGUACGUCUUAAAUUACCAUUUUCAAAACUUUGGUUUUUAGCUAGUAACAGUGUCAUCAACAACUAUCGACUUCUCUUGAUCAACGAGUUGUCGUGGUAGGGGAUUACAUUUCACAAACACAGUCAUAAUAUUAUAUUGUUCAAGGUCGUUGCUCUUUGACAUUAUGGCUUCGUUAAUCGGCGCUGUAGUCCUAUUCCCUCUACCUUGUUACUACGGUGUGAAUGUCACCAGCGCCCUCUCCCAUACGCAGCAGCUGAUUUAUUUUGUUUUCGGAGUCGGGUUUAAUGCAAUGAAAGACAUCUCCAUCUUUUACCAAUUAGAAUACAUUCUUCUGGGAUCCCUUGCGAUAGAUUCGAAAGCUCGAGCGUUCCUCGAAAUGAAAUCAAAGAAGUGCUCGGUGAUCAUCUUCAUAGUCGGUCUUCUCGGGGCAAUAUUUGUAAGUCAGACCGAGCAAUAAAUUUUCGACAAGCCCCGCUAACGCGGGCCUUGACGCCGCUGUGCGCGCAAAGGUUGCCCAACGUGAAGUUGACUUGAUCGCGUGCACUACAGUUGAUCGUCCAGGCCACGCUUCGCGUGGCCAACAACGCGCUGGCGCGCGUUAUACUGUCUCAAGCCCGGCACUUCUGUUAGCUAAGGGCCGCGCGCCAGCGCUACCUUUCAUCAGCUAAAGGCCGCGCGCCAGCGCUACACCUCCCGUCAACGAAUGGCCGCGCGGCAGCGCCACCUUUCAUCAGCUAACUUUGACCGAUCAACUGUUUUUUGAAAUUUUUCGAAUACAGUUGGUCAUCUUAACGUAAUAAACAUUUUGCAAGCGUUCUGGAUCCGAUAAACAUUUUCUCGCAUCUUUCACCGACCGCUGACAAUAAAAUAUUCCAAACAAAGCUGCCAAUAAGGUCUAACUUUCUCCUCAUUUUUUAGGGUCCAGUAAUUUACUUUUUGCCCGACCAAGAAGAACAGAAACAACUUCUCAUAUCCCUUGAUCCAUCUAUCGGCAAGCUCUACGAGGACCAUCCCGAUAUCAUUUGCUUUACAGCCGGAACAAGCCCCAAAAAAGCGAUUAUGGUCGCAUUUGCGGCUGUCGUCUCAAUUCCGUUUCUUAUGCUCUUCUAUCUGAUCAUAAUGUACAGUUCCAUGCACAGAAGCAAUUGGUCACCCAACACGCAUCGUCUUCAAAUGAUGAUAUUCCGUUCCCUCGUAUUUCAGUUGAUCGCAUUCACCGUGUUAAUGUGGGUUCCAAGCAUGGUCCUGAUCAGUUUGCCUCUCUUCGAAAUUUGCUACGGUCCAAUUGUCUCUGUGAUUUGCUUCUGCUUCUUUUUGAUGCACACUCCGUUCGAUUGUUUUAUGAUUUUGUAUUUCAUCAAGCCCUAUCGAAACGUCGUUGCGAAUUUACUCAAAGUGCUGUCGGGGUACGGAGUUACGACCAUACAGUACACAACUCAUCACUUACCCGCCUUGAAUCAACACUUCUUUCAACGCAAGUCAAAUGUGGAUCUCUCCAUGGCAAACACUCAAGUUCAGCAUUCUAAAAAUCGUGUUUUUAUUGUUCAACUUCUGCCAAAAACAUAAAAUUCUACCAAUUGCUAGACGUAAGAUUCAAUAAAGAUUCUACCAAUUGCUAGACGUAAGAUUCAGUUCAAAUUCUGUGAAUACAUAAAGCCAAUUGUAAUUAUCAUAUUUGUAAUACCACAACAAUAAUUUUGUGUGAAAAUGUUUGCGUUCCGGCUUUCCGGUCGACGACAGUUCGGGUCAACACAAAAUCAAUGGAUACGGGGCGUAUCCAUCGAUUGCAGGUGGAUACCCAAGGAAGGUUGUAGGAAGUCCCUGCGAGGCCUCGCAAAACCGUUCGAUCGCCAGUGGACCCUAGGCACUGCAGGAUGAGCCAAGUCUUUCUCCUUAGAUGGUCAACUCUUUCUCUCAAAAUUCUUUUUUGUCAAGUUUAAUAUAAAUUUCUUUAUGUUUCAAUCUACAUACAUCGACAGGACAAUAACUCCAAAAGUAAGUUAAAUUAACCCUCUUUCUAUAUAUGCAAUGAUUUUUUGCAUUACAUAAGUUUAUCCUUGCGCAUUUAGCCAUUGUUGUAGGUAUACAAAUUUAGCUGAAUUCUGUUCGUUCUUGCGAUUCCAUGAAAAUUUGAAAGUCUUCCCCACAAAAGAACCGGCGUCGAGCCUUCUUGGUGUCAGAAUUGUUUCAGCAUGAAAGGACUUACAGUUUUUUUGUUGAUUCGAUUUUCGAUAUUACACUAGGUACUUUUGUAAGUUUAAAACGAAAUUAGGUCACGUUUUACGUCAUGUAAGGUCUAAAUGGACAAUAAAACUUUAUUUUAGCAUUCUUAACGUCGUAACAUUUAUUUCCCCCCUUUUAUUGUCUUUUUUGAUUUUUUUCAGAUUUUAGGUAUGGAAAAAUUUUGAUGUAUCCGCGGCCAUAGAUGCGUAUGAAUACUUCGCAAACCAUAUUUAAAAGAUCUCUGGUCGAUGUAAAAAAUGUUUAGAACAGAAUGAGAGGUAUUUGAGACUUUUUUAGAUCCACGUUGUACUUGAUCACUUAGACCCUAAGACAUCUCAAACCCGGGUUUGAAAGAAUAUUUAUGUUGGGGACGGUUUAGUAAUGGCUCAGCUUUGUAGUUUUCCGGGUUUAAACUUCAAAAACAUUAGAUUUUGCCUGCAACUUGAUAAAAGUACCUAGUGUAAUAUCGAAAAUCGAAUCAACAAAAAAACUGUAAGUCAUUUCAUGCUGAAACAAUUCUGGCACAACGAAGGCGCGACGCCGGUUCUUUUGUGGGGAAGACUUUCAAAUUUCGUUCAUGGAAUCGCAAGAACGAACAGAAUUCAGCUAAAUUUGUAUACCUACAACAAUGGCUAAAUGCGCAAGGAUAAACUUAUGUAAUGCAAAAAAUCAUUGCAUAUAUAGAAAGAGGGUUAAUUUAACUUACUUUUGGAGUUAUUGUCCUGUCGAUGUAUGUAGAUUGAAACAUAAAGAAAUUUAUAUUAAACUUGACAAAAAAGAAUUUUGAGAGAAAGAGUUGACCAUCCAAGGAGAAAGACUUGGCUCAUCCUGCAGUGCUAGGCGAAAGCUUGGCGAAGGAUCGGCGGAAACUUUACGAAACGGCAUGGGGGUCAUUGAUACCACCGGCAAUCAUCGCUUUUCGGCGUUCGUAGACGAUUUCCUAUUAUUUUCUCGAUAAACUGAUAGCAUACAGAAAAAACUACAAAAAAUUUGUAGUCUCGAGGACUUUCCAAACAUUUACAAAAAACCGCAGAGGAAAGCAACAGUUAUUUCUCAGACCGAACAUCCUUCGCGUGGGCACAUAAAUACCAGUAAACUACAAACGCUGAAAUUUCGGAAAUGUUUGGUAUCAGUUUUGUAUUUAUCCUGCAACUACUAUAUACUUUGGGCCGUUUCAGAGUUGUUGUUGCUUUUUUGAGCUAACCCAGAAUUCAAAACUUUUCAAAACUUGUUAACUUUUUUGAUUCCAAAUAUCCCAGUUUUUUCGUUUGAUAAUUGAGUCCUUGUCGGAACGUUGGCAACGCGUUGUGAAUACCGACGAAACUUUCUUUUCACUCUGAAAUUUCUUCCUGUUUGCACCGUACAAUAGUUUUUAAAAAGGUCAUGCGUUGACCAACGGCUUACAAUGCAGCUGUGCUGCUUCUCAUCAGAUAACUUUAUUUAUCUUGCACAGGUUGAAAGCAAAAAACUACAGCGUUUCUACUGGGCAAUUCAAAAAAUUACAUUUCAAAGACUAUAGUUUCUGUUUCUUUAUAUCCCGGUUUAAUUGCUAUUUUCCCGUGAUAAACAUCAAACAUAUGGCAUAGCGUAGACAUGUAUUAAUACGCACAUUUUUCGCUAAAAGGGCCCGAGGCGUUUCUGCGAGGACCGUUUUUGGGCAAUGUUGCUCGGAGAAUUUGGGAUUAGAUUUUAGAUAUUCUAAGAGUUGAAUAACUACACCUGUUAUCAGGUCGCAAGGAUCGUCACGCCCUUGCCUGUAAACGUUCCUGAGAGUACUCUUAUUCCGCAGCUACUUUGUGCCCUUUCAUCGAGGAAGUGCCUAAAGUGCGACGCCCCUGAAGAAAUCUGCGCGUCGCACUUGGAGUACAUCCCUUGUUUAGUGCGAUGUCACUGCAAUCGGAGGAGGUGAAAAAUCUCACCAAUUACUAUUACAAAUGGCUGGCAGAGACGGACAACCCGUCCGAGUUCCGGACACUUUUGCUCUGCAUUGAAUUGGCGUUGGAUAUUGCCUCAGUUCCUGUCAAUAUGAUUAUUGCAUGGUGCUUGAUGAAAACGCAAACUUUUCAUUUCAACGUCCGCCUACUUAUGCUCAACGAUGUUUUGUGUGGUAUCACAGAGGUGAGUUCUUGGAUGUGUUUGAUUGGUGAGAGAUGGGAAGAGCACUUGUUGAAGAUUUGGUCCAUUUAGGCGGAGAGGACAUAAUGUAAAGGGCAUUUCGGCAAAGAGGGAAGAUAAUGAAAAAAAGUCAUGGUAAGGGGGGACCAAGGCGUUAUUUUCUAUAAAUAUAAUAUUUUUUUUUUGGUAUUUCAAAAAAAUUACAUGAUAAAGGGAAAGAACAGAGCGAUUUUUUUAGUUUUUUGGUCCUGAAAUGGCACCAAACUUUGUUGAUUUUCAAGUUUUUUGCAAAGUUUUUGCUCCGCAAUUAAAUAUUUUUUCCAUCAAUAAGAAAUGCGACUUGGUCCCCACUUGCCACAUGAUUUUUUAGCAAACCAGAAAAAAACUAAUUCAAAUAAAAUCCGUCUUGUUCUCCCCUUACCAUAUCUUUUUUUUUGAAGACUAACAAAACUCAUUCAAAAAAAUCGGCCUCUUGUGAUACCCAGCGUUCAAUGCUCGCCUACGUCCCUUCUUCGGAUCCACCCGUCGUUGUACACUAAAUAUGUGAAUUACAGAUGUCGUUUCGAGUCAUCAUCGUUGCCAACAUUUUAGCAUAUGACACGCUUGUUCCCCUGAACGUAAAAAAACUUCUACAGUUCUGUCGGGGCGUCUGCGUUUACCAAGUUCAGUUCGGCUUUCUGAGCAUCCUAAUCGAGCGGCUGAUUGCGGUCAACCUGCCGCACAGAUACGAAAAGACCCCCAUAUACGUUGGCAUUGCAAUGGUGGUAAUCUGGGUAAGAAGCCGUGAAAGUUUUGUGAAAAAUUUGGUUUCAGUGGCUCAUCGUAGCGGUUCUUGUUCGAUCGAUGUGUAAGUGGACAGUUACAAUAAGUAGUCGUCUGUUUCAGCCGCUGGAUACGCGAUUCUUUUGGAGGUGUCGGUCCACCUGCUGGUAAGUUUACCUCUUCGCUAUCGGUUUUUUAUAUUUCGUCUUGAUUUCAAAGAGAAGUCAGAGAAAAAGACGCGCAAAAACGUACUCUCUCGCCCCAAAAAAUCCCCAUUUCUUCCCCGACUAAAAGUUUUUACGGGUCUUUUUUGGCGGAUUGCCAACCUAUUCACCGAACCAUUUUAGCCUAUCUCAGUUUGACGUACGACGCUCAGUGCUUCCUUGAACCGUGUACAGGGUGGUUCAGCCGAAGUUUCCAUCCUUAACUCAAGUGUUUCUCCGCCAAUCAUGCACCAAUUUCUAUAAAAUUUAUAUCAAAUUGAAACUGAGGUACCCCACUUUCUGUCCACCAAAUAUGACAGGCCUAAGUUUUAGAGCCCGAAAUCGGUGAAAAUUAGAAAAGAAGACAUUAGAAGAAGCUGGAAAAGUUGAAAUAAGGGUGGAAGCUUCGGAUUUGGACUAAAGUUCAUGCAAAUUUGAAGUUGCCUACAACUUAUUUUUCAGGCGCUAUUUCUAACCCAGCACUGGAUCAGCUCGCAACGGGCUUACUCACGGCCCACCGCAACGUUGUCCACACGCUACCAGGUCGUCGAGAACAUCAAAACACUCUCCAUGUUCCGGUACUGGGUCUACUUUUACGUCUUCAUGGGGAUCAUCCAAAAGGUUUUGAUUCUCUUCUGUGUCAGAGCCUUCGAAGUCGGGGACAAGGAAUUGUGGAGGGUGUUUUCGAGUUUUUUCGAAUUGGCUCAUGCUACGUACUUUGUGUUCUAUCCGGCCUUCUUGUUGUACGGAAGCCAUCAGCUGAGGAGACGGCUUUAUUCCAUGUUCCGAAUACGUAAUCGAUCGACGAUUGCGGCGGAAAGUCAUGUUGCAGGGCACACGGAAGGAAUGGGCGAUGCAGAUGCAUUCAACACUCACUUCAAGCGGCUGGAAGAAUCGUGGGAGCGGCCGUUGAAGUGA